AUGGAAUCCGAAGGCAGCGAUGACUUCCCAAGUGUAAUCGACCUCAACGUUGGUGGAGUACUCUACACCACUUCUCUCAGUACCCUCACCAAAGACACGAAAUCUCUUCUAGGGCAAAUAUUUACUGGUAAGGAGAGUGUCGGAAAAGACAGUAAAGGUCGGUAUUUCGUCGACAGAGAUGGUGUCCUCUUCCGCUAUGUCCUUGACUUCCUGAGGAACCAGAAACUUGUCCUUCCAGAGAACUUCCACGAGAGAGAACGACUCAAGAACGAGGCAGAGUACUUCAACAUGGCAGAAAUGGCGGCCUGCGUCGAGUCUCUCACACCAACCUGUCAGCAACCCCCUACUUCCUUGGCAAGGACGCCAUCGACUGCAACAACUCCAACAUCCCCUGGUGGUGGACUGCUACCUGUUAGAGGACAAGCAGGAUACCUUACGAUAGGAUACAGAGGAUCUUUCGCAUUCGGCAGGGAUGGACUGGCUGAUGUGAAAUUUCGCAAGUUGACCCGGAUCCUCGUGUGUGGAAGGGUGACUCUUUGCCGCGAAGUGUUUGGUGAUUCACUGAACGAGUCUCGCGACCCGGAUCGAGUGAACGAGAAUCGCUACACUGCGAGGUUUUUCCUGAAACACAAUUUCCUGGAGCAGGCGUUCGACAAUAUGCAAGAGGCCGGAUUUCGAUGCGUUGCUGCAGCAGGAUCCGGGACGUCCGGUAGUGGUAAUGAACCGCUCAAACCAGGUAUCGAUUUCGAAGAAAACCGGUGGAAUCAUUAUAAUGAGUUUGUUUUUGUGAGACCGUGA